UCGGAUGCUGGGUGUUGGCUGCUGAGAAAAUGUAGGAAGAGGGAAGGAAAAAUCCAUUUUUGAAUCUUUGAUUUUUCGUGGUCUGAAUAUGAAACGUUGGAAGGCUUUCUUGAUUGAGUCCAUUGCAGCUAUUUGAAUCAGUUGAGGUCUAAUGGCGAAAGCUUCAGCUGGAGCUACAAAUUCUGGGAAUCGAACUGGGGUCCGGAUUGUUGUUGCUGGAGACCGAGGCACUGGAAAAUCAAGCUUGAUUGUUACAGCUGCUGCAGAAAACUUUCCGGCCAAUGUGGCACCGGUGUUGCCACCAACGAGAUUGCCUGAUGAUUUCUACCCUGACCGCGUGCCCAUCACAAUCAUCGAUACCUCAUCUAGUUUGGAGAAUAGAAGUGCACUUGCUGAUGAACUGAGACGGGCUGAUGCUGUUGUACUUACUUAUGCCUGUGAUCAGCCUGCAACUCUUGAUCGGCUGAGUACUUUUUGGCUUCCAGAACUUCGUCGCUUAGAGGUAAAGGUCCCAGUUAUUGUGGUUGGAUGUAAGCUAGAUCUGAGGGAUGAGAAUCAGCAAAUGAGCCUGGAACAGGUUAUGUCACCAAUCAUGCAGCAGUUUCGGGAGAUAGAAACUUGUAUAGAAUGUUCGGCAUCCACACAUAUCCAGAUCCCUGAAGUUUUCUACUAUGCACAAAAGGCAGUGCUUCAUCCAACGGGACCGCUAUUUGAUCAAGAAACGCAGACUUUGAAGCCCCGGUGUGUGAGAGCUUUGAAACGAAUAUUCAUUUUGUGUGAUCAUGACAGGGAUGGUGCCCUGAGUGAUGCAGAAUUAAAUGAUUUUCAGGUCAAAUGUUUCAAUGCUCCAUUGCAACCUUCUGAAAUAUCUGGUGUUAAGAGGGUUGUGCAAGAAAAAUUGCAUGAAGGAGUCAAUGAUCGUGGUCUUACUUUGACUGGAUUCCUCUUUCUCCAUGCAUUAUUCAUUGAAAAAGGCCGUCUCGAGACAACAUGGACUGUCCUAAGGAAGUUUGGGUACAAUAAUGAUAUCAAACUAAGGGAGGAUCUCAUUCCAUUGUCAUUUAAACGGGCUCCUGAUCAGAAUAUGGAGCUGACAACUGAAGCCCUUGAGUUUCUGAAGGGAAUCUUUAGCUUGUUUGACAUUGAUGGUGAUGGGGCACUGCACCCUGAUGAGCUUGUAGAUCUUUUUUCUACUGCACCAGAAAGUCCUUGGAUUGAAGCUCCAUAUAAGGAUGCUGCAGAGAAAACUGCAUUGGGAGGGUUGUCGCUUGAUGGGUUUCUGUCAGAGUGGGCUCUUCUAACACUUCUGGAUCCAGUUAGUAGCUUGGAGAAUUUGAUAUACAUUGGAUAUGCUGGUGAUCCUUCUUCUGCCAUGCGUGUAACUAGGAAAAGACGUUUAGAUCGUAAAAAGCAGCAAUCAGACAGAAAUGUUUUCCAGUGCUUUGUUUUUGGACCUAAAGAGGCUGGAAAAUCUGGAUUAUUAAAUGCUUUUCUGGGGAGGCCUUUCUCUGAUAGUUAUAAUCCAACCAUUGACGAGCGUUAUGCAGUGAAUGUUGUUGAUCAACCUGGGGGAAGUAAGAAAACCCUUGUACUACGGGAGAUAGCUGAAGAUGGAGUUAGGAAGCUGCUAUCUAAAAGAGACUCUUUAGCAGCUUGUGAUAUUGCACUAUUUGUGUAUGACAGUUCUGAUGAGUCCUCGUGGAAGAGAGCAACUGAGUUGCUUGUGGAAGUUGCUAGUCAUGGUGAAAAUACUAGCUAUGAGGUACCUUGCCUCAUUGUUGCAGCGAAAGAUGAUCUGGAUCCUUAUCCGAUGGCAAUACACGAUUCAACAAGGCUUACUCAGGAUAUGGGAAUAGAGCCUCCUAUACCUAUCAGUGCAAAGUUGGGAGAUUUCAAUACCAUAUUCCGUAGGAUUAUUGCUGCAGCUGAACAUCCCCAUCUGAGCAUUCCUGAAACUGAAGCUGGGAGAAGCCGCAAGCAAUACAGUCGGCUUAUUAAUCGCUCUCUUAUGGUUGUAUCAGUUGGAGCUGCAGUUGCUAUCGUUGGACUGGCAGCUUACCGUGUCUACGCGGCUAGGAAGAGUGCCUCAAGUUAAGGAUAUAACGGUUUACCCAUGGACCUUCCCUCAACAACAUGGUGGUGCCAAGCUUUUCUGUCAAUUUAACUCACCCCCAUUUUAUUUAAGUUUCUUAAAACAGGCCCUGCGGAGGGUUCCUAUAUUUCUUUUCUAUCAUCAAUUUUCCAUUGCUUUUAAGUGUUUGUGUUCCUUAUAGGGUGGUUUUACUAGGAAAAUUAUGUGGGCUCUGUUUUGGGGUGGCAGGGUCUCUGAAGUAGAACAUGCCAUAGUUGGUUGUACAAUGGAAUUUGUUGUGCAGGACUUGUGCAAUAAAAAAAUUUUGCCAAAUUGAUCCAAGUGAUUCAAUAUGUUGAUGAGCAUACAUUUGGGAGCUCUGAAA